GGAGAAUUCAUCGUAUUUCUAGUGUCUGUUGUCCUUCUUUUAUUUUGACAGGAUGUGGCUUCGAGGACUUUAUAUGAAAAGAUUUUCCAUCGUAUUGCAAGUGUCUCUUUUCUAUCACUUUCUUUUUGAAGCUGAGUGCUUGUCGCUAGAAAUAAAGGGAGGACAAAGCAAGUUCACCUUUGCUGAAGGUGUGAUGUCGGACAUUCUAUUCUAUGUUAAUAAUAAUAAUAGAAACAACAGUGGAAUUACCCUGUAUGUAUCUAAAGACGGACAAAGGCAGGAUGCUAAUGUCUGCAAGUACGUACUGACAAACACUACCUGUGUCAAUCACAGUCUGAGCUGUGAGUGUCACACAAACUCAUCAGAAGGCAGAGUUGAAUACAUCUUUCAGAAGAAGUUUCAGGUAAACGACAGCGGCGAGUGGGUCUUUGAAGUUUGGGAUAGAGGUGUCAGUACCUCUGUUUACAUCACUGUACAAGAUAUUCAGUCAACAAUGGCGCCGACUCUGGCUAAGCUCAGCACCAGUCGCCAAAGAUCAACUUCCACUACCUUUACAUCGACAACACAAAACCGACACAACACAUGCCAACAUCAGAAGGUUCUCCACACCCUACAGACAGUAGACCUACUGAUGUCUGGUACAUGGCCGCCAUUGUCCUCGCCACUUGUCUCUCUGCUACUGUCACUGGUGUCUUUGCCUACAUCAUCCUGGAGGUGCCUCCAUAUUCAUCGAAUGAGACAAAACUCGAAAGUUCUUGCUCGUAAGUUACCGUCAUGAAUUUUUAAAAAAGUAGAAUAAUCAGAGUAUUAAUCAUCCACCCUAUAAAGGUACUGUUUUAAGCUCUCUGAUUUACUUUAUCACCAAUGUGACAUCAUUUCUUUUCGCAGCCUUCAUCAGAGUUUCUAAGUCUUGUUUUAUCAGCACCAGAUUAUACGAAAAGUUCGUUUUAGUGUAAACAAUUUCAGAAAAAUAACAGUAAUAAGAAAGGAUUUGGUGUCAUAGCUAUAGUUUACGCAAAGUGUAGAAAGCCACAAGCAAUCCACCACACAGAGGAACUUACAGAAAAAUGUAGCUCGGCAAAUGGAUGACAAUAAAACUAGAAGAGAUAGAAAGAGAUACAGAAAAAUCUGAAAAUUGCAAUAUUUAUAGUAUUAAUGGUAAGCGCAUGGCCACAGUAUGAUAACAUCACUAUGAUUCCAGGGGACGAGGGUUAUCCUCCCUGACACGUAGUAGUAAGCCAGGGUUGUCUCCCCUAGACGUCCGUUAGUAUGUAUGUGUAGUGGUGAGUAUGAGUUAUAAAAUGCGUGGAUAAUGUUUACGGAAUAUAUUAUUGUGAACUGUGUAUGCUUUUUUCGAAGAAGCCAGCGUGGCCAAGAGACG